AAACUGCAGAAAAAAAUUUGGGAGUCCUGGCAGAUGAAGGCAACACAGUGCAACAGAAUAACAGCAGUAAUACUAGUUACAGUAAUGCAAUGCAGAGAGAAAUCACACUGCCUUCAAGACUCAUAUAUUACAUCAACCAAGACUCGGAAAGCCCUUAUCAUGUUCUUGACACAAAGACAAGACACCAGCAAAAACAUAACAAGGCUGUCCAUUUGGCUCAGGCAAGUUUCCAGAUUGAAGCCUUUGGCUCCAAAUUCAUUCUUGACCUCACACUGAACAAUGGUUUGCUGUCUUCUGAUUAUGUGGAGAUCCACUACGAAAAUGGGAAACCACAAUACUCUAAGGGUGGGGAGCACUGUUACUACCACGGGAGCAUCCGAGGUGUGGAGGACUCCAGAGCCGCGCUCUCGACCUGCAACGGACUUCAUGGUAUGUUUGAAGAUAAUACCUUUGUAUAUAUGAUAGAACCACUGGAGCUGAUUCAUGAUGAAAAAAGCACAGGUCGACCACAUAUAAUCCAGAAAACCUUGGCAGGACAAUAUUCUAAGCAAAUGAAGAAUCUCAGUAUGGAAAGCAGUGACCAGUGGCCCUUUCUAUCUGAAUUGCAGUGGUUGAAAAGAAGAAGAAAGAGAGCAGUGAAUCCGUCUCGUGGUGUGUUUGAAGAAAUGAAAUAUUUGGAACUUAUGAUUGUUAAUGAUCACAAAACGAUUUACAAGGAGCAGCUUAAUACCAGGGUUGUCCUGGUGGCUGUAGAGACCUGGACUGAGAAGGAUCAUAUCGAGAUCACCACCAACCCUGUGCAGAUGCUCCACGAGUUCUCCAAAUACCGGCAGCGUAUUAAACAGCAUGCUGAUGCCGUGCACCUCAUCUCGCGUGUGACAUUCCACUACAAAAGAAGCAGUCUGAGUUACUUUGGAGGUGUCUGUUCUCUCACAAGGGGAGUUGGCGUGAAUGAGUAUGGUCUUCCAAUGGCAGUGGCACAAGUAUUAUCGCAGAGCCUGGCUCAAAACCUUGGAAUCCAAUGGGAACCUUCUAGCAGAAAGCCAAAAUGUGACUGCACGGAGUCCUGGGGUGGCUGCAUCAUGGAGGAAACAGGGGUGUCCCAUUCCCGAAAGUUCUCAAAGUGCAGCAUUUUGGAAUACAGAGACUUUUUGCAGAGAGGGGGCGGAGCCUGUCUUUUCAACCGGCCGACGAAGUUAUUUGAGCCCACAGAAUGUGGAAAUGGAUAUGUGGAGGCUGGGGAGGAAUGUGACUGUGGUUUACAUGUGGAAUGCUAUGGAUUGUGCUGUAAGAAAUGCUCUCUCUCCAAUGGGGCUCACUGCAGCGACGGGCCCUGCUGUAACAAUACCUCUUGUCUCUUUCAGCCACGAGGGUAUGAAUGUCGGGAUGCUGUGAAUGGGUGUGAUAUUACUGAAUAUUGUACUGGAGACUCUGGCCAGUGCCCACCAAAUCUUCAUAAGCAAGAUGGGUACGCAUGCAAUCAGAAUCAGGGCCGCUGCUACAACGGGGAGUGCAAGACCCGGGACAACCAGUGUCAGCACAUCUGGGGCACGAAGGCUUCCGGGUCCGACAAGUUCUGUUACGAAAAGCUGAAUACCGAAGGCACGGAGAAGGGAAACUGUGGGAAGGAUGGAGACCGGUGGAUCCAGUGCAGCAAACAUGAUGUGUUCUGUGGAUUCUUACUCUGUACCAAUCUUACUCGAGCACCACGCAUCGGUCAACUUCAGGGUGAGAUCAUCCCAACCUCCUUCUACCAUCAAGGCCGAGUCAUUGACUGCAGUGGUGCUCAUGUGAUUUUAGAUGAUGAUACAGAUGUUGGCUACGUAGAAGAUGGAACGCCAUGUGGUCCAUCUAUGAUGUGUUUAGAUCGGAAGUGCUUACUGAUUCAGGCCCUAAAUAUGAGUAGCUGCCCACUCGAUUCCAAGGGUAAAGUCUGUUCAGGCCAUGGGGUGUGUAGUAAUGAAGCCACCUGCAUCUGUGACUUCACCUGGGCGGGGACAGACUGCAGUAUCCGCGAUCCGGUUAGGAACCUUCACCCCCCCAAGGAUGAAGGACCCAAGGGUGCGCCUGGAGGGUGGGGAUCUAGGGAGCCCCACUUGCUCCUAGACUGUCACGGAGCUGGAUCCCAACUUUCCAGUUCCUGCGCCGCCUCGCUCCCCCCGAGUUUCAGCACCAUGGCCGAUCCUGGGAACAGAAGAGGGAUCUACCACCCCUUGACCCUUACCUGCUCCCUGCUCAUUGUGGGAAUGUGCUGUGUGUCUCCUUUCUUCUGCCAUAGCCAGACAGACUUGCUGGCCCUUAAUCAAGCUGAUCCUCAGUGCUGGGAAUCUUCUUCAGUGCUCCUCCUAGAAAUGCGGAAGCCUCGAAUUUCUAACACCGUUUCAGGUUUUUGGGAUUUUAUGAUCUACCUGAAGUCAUCUGAGAACUUGAAGCAUGGGGCACUGUUUUGGGAUCUGGCCCAACUCUUCUGGGACAUCUAUGUGGACUGUGUCCUCUCCAGGAACCAUGGCUUAGGAAGGAGGCAGUUGGCUGGGAAGGAAGAGAAGAUUUCAGCAGCACAUCCACAGCACACAGAGAGAAAACAAGGUGCGUAUUCUCAGCAGCUAAGAACACCUUUCCUAAAGAAGAAAGAGUUGAUUGAAGGCGUGAUAAGCAUGCACUUGCACGGAAGUGGGUCUAAGCUCAUCGGGAAAGUCACCCAUGGCCUGGAAAUAAAGAGAAAAUAAAUCUAACCUCAGAGCUAACUACAUUGUUUCCUUGACUAUUGAUCAUUUCAUUACUUGAAAUGGUGGGAAUGUCCAGCAGUAAAUCAUAAGCCAAAUUCUCUCAGAGUACCUACUUAAGGAUUUUCACUAUUUUAGCCUCCUAGCAUGUUCCUUCAAAGGGUGGCUUUACUGCCAGCUCAUCCCACUGCCUGAAAGAGUUAAAGUAGCCUCCAAGGAUGACCAGGGGAUUGGGCAAGUCACAUUGCUUGUACUCACUCUGAUCCAUUGCUCUGGGAUGCUGGGUCUUGGUGAACUAGAGUCCUAUCCAUUUAACUUGAAUACACUGCAUGACUUCCAAGCCAGUAGCCACUGCUUAUGUACAGGCAUAAUGGGCUAUAUUUAUUACUAGCUUCCAACUGUCUGUAACACCUAAAUCUUGUUUGAAAGAAUAUUUUUGAAGAAUUAAUAAAGCAAAAAACAAACAAAACAAUAUGC